GUAACCGUACAUUCGCGUUUGCAUUUGUAAACAUGUUUACAUAAACUGAAUAUUGUAAUACGAACAGUAUGGAAACUUAAUAAGAUAUACGCGAGACAAGUGGUGAUAUCAGUAUCAGUGAACCUCACGGUGUUGUGGAGUUAUACUUACGUUUUUAAAUGCGUGAAAAUAGUUACAAUAGUGGCAUCUAGCGGCGUACAGUGUAAAAUCGAGUCGGUAAAGAAAAGGAAAUUUAUUUUCGUUUUGUUGUUUGUGGCCAUUCUGAUUGUUUAUAAAAUUAGAAUAUGUUGGCAAUAUGUUCGCAUUUAUUGUGACUGUUUAAUGUGGUGAUUAUAUUUCUUUAUGUGUUGACAAAUUGUGUAAGUUUAAUGAAGUGCUAAUGUGUUUAUCACGUGUUAAUGUUUUUUUAAGUGUUCAAAAUAAUUUGUAAUGAAUAACAAGUCUCCAUUUAGUGCACCGUUGGGCUACGGUAAUACUUUCAGCAAUGGCCCCAAUAACCAAAGUAGAAAUAUUUCUAAGUCUUUCGAACAGUUUUCACCACGUAACCCAAGUUCACCGUUUAGUGGCUCACCUAGAGGAAGAUUCGAAAACGAUUUUAUACCUUUAGGAUUCAGCAGUCCUGUAAAUUCUCAUAGAAAUGUAAAUAGUACUCCGCCUCACUGGAAAGUUAACAGGCGUUUCAACAACAGCAACAGUUACAAUUCAUCCAGCAGGAAUGCCAGUCCGUAUAAUAACUCAUACAGAGGAAAUAAAAGUGGAAAGGGGGGCAGGGACUGCAACCCAGGACACGCGGCCGACAUUUCGCAAUACUUCCACCCCUCCAUGCUGGAGGACCCGUGGGCGGAACUAGAGUCGAGACACGGCGCUAGUGUAGCUGGCGGGAGCGACAGUGCCAAGCAGCACAGUGCUGGUUCGAGCCUGCCGCUCAGCGAUACCGACGAGUCGGCCGACUUCCGGGAGGGGGAAAAGCUCGCCUGCAGUAGCGAUAGCUCGUAGCGUGUGUUGCUCCCAGCGACGGUCUUGACCGCAUCGUUCGGUGUCCCCGUGUACGGUCACCAGAGAAACACCGGUUGUGCCUGCGGUACAUAAUCAGUGAUGCACUUUGCAAAAUUAGUUGUUCAUUUGUGAGUCCACCAUUCACGCAGUAUCAGGAAACAAACAUUACUGAAACAGAUGGGUUUUGACACUAAAGAGUAGAUUGAAAUUACUGCUUUUAAAAAUACAACUCACAUUUUUAUUUACAAUGAACUCAAAUAAUAACAUAUAAAAAUUCUGAUUCAAAAAAAUUUAAUUUAAUUUGGUAAAAAUAACCAUUUUAUAGUUUUUACAUGUCUGUACAUAUACUAUGUAGUUACAUAUGUAUUUAAAAAAAACAAUUUUAAUUGUUUUGUUAAUGAAAUACAGUAAAUAUUUUUUCACUAUCAAAACACUUUUUUUUAUUUUAGAAAAUUAUUAUUUUUUGGAUACAUAGGUACCUACUAAUUUUUUUUAAAAAACUUGUGUUGGUAACUUUUCACAUUUUGUAAAACUUAUGUGCUCUGAUGAGUGACAAAAAGUAGGAAAUAGUUUAGUACCUAAUGCAUGGCAUUUUUAGAAAAGUAUCAACUUAAAUAAAUUUAUUGAAUUUUAUUUAUGGUGCCUAUACUUUUUAGUCACUUGACAUUUUUUCACAGAUUCAUCUCAAUAGCAACCUGUAAUUUUUGGAGGUUACAUAAAUUUUUUUGGUAUGUAUUUCUAAAAUGAUUAAUUGUAUGUUUGUAAUAAGUAGGACGUGCUCUGCAUGAUAAAAUCAUAAUAGUUGUUUAUGAUCAACAGUUAAACUAUCCAUGCAAAAUAUUAAUCACUUAGACAUAAAAUAAUGAACUAAAUUGUUUCUAAUGGAUGCUCGUUUUUGCUUUUCAAUAAAUUUGCAACAUUUUUGGUACUUAGAAAAACAGUGCUCAUUCGUUGUGUAAAUUUUUUUCUUAACUGGGUACCAGAACAUAAUGCUGUCAUGUGCAACAUUUACACUGUUGAGGAUUGAGAGCUUGUAAGUAUACUUAAAUUUAUUAAUUUGAGUAUUUUUAAUAUAAGAUGUUUUUAUUUUCAGUUUUAUCAAAACUUCCUUAAUAAAAUGCUGAAAUAAGCUUUUUCAAAUUAAA